AUGGGCCCUGGCGAAGCCGUUGAAGCGGCAGACGUUGCAAUUUCUCAACCAGCGCCAACACUACGACAGGAAACUGAAGAUAGCACCGGCUCUUCAACCAAUACUGUGUUAGAAACUGCAGAACAACCUGCAAAAGACGAGGGUGAGAAAAAUAACGAAAGAGCCUCGCUGAUCCGAUCCAUUUCGGCAACAAGUUUCAAAGAGAUCGCUUAUCCGCCAUUGGCCGAAAAUCAAUUGCCAGACAAAAAGCGUCGAGUGAAGAAUAAUGACAGCAGGCGCGCAAGCUAUUCGAAUGGAGAAGAAACGGAUCGUUCAGGGGCUCUGAGCGAUGAAUUCGAUACCGACCACCAUGAGCACACUACUGCAUACUCGUUUCAACAUGAACCUAUCGACAGGGUACCGAUG